ACGGUACCGUCCACGGUCACGCUGAUCCGAUCUUGGAUUUAUUAUAGUGUAAAAAUUCUGGAGCACAAAAAGAGAAGAAUUCUUUGUUUAUAAGCCAAAAGAGUGAAAUUGGUAAUCUUCAGUCUGCCAUUUGUCAAAGAUAACUCAAAAGCAUCAUCAUGGACAAAUUACGCCGCGUUCUGAGUGGAGAUGAGCCCACUCCGGAAGAGGAGAGCAGUAUCAUUACACAGAUUAACGAGAUGUCAACUUUAAGUUGGUCCACACGCAUCAAGGGAUUUUGCAUCUGCUUUAUCUUGGGCAUUUUACUUUCAUUACUUGGCUCGGUUGCCCUAUUUUUGCAUAGAGGAAUUGUGGUCUUUGCGGUCUUCUAUACUCUAGGAAACGUCAUCUCGAUGGCCAGUACUUGCUUCCUUAUGGGGCCCUUCAAGCAGAUAAAAAAGAUGUUCGCCGAGACCCGGCUGAUAGCAACUGUUGUCGUUCUGGUCAUGAUGGUCCUAACAUUCAUAGCGGCUAUUGUGUGGAAAAGAGCUGGACUGACGCUUAUAUUCAUUAUCAUACAAUCUCUGGCCAUGACUUGGUACUCACUUUCGUACAUUCCCUAUGCCCGCGAUGCGGUCAAGAAGACUAUGUCCGCAAUCUUGGAGGUCUAGAAUCGAUCACACUUCUGUACAUAACUCGAGAAAAGCUAGAUUGGUUUGUAACUUAAGCUAAGACAAUUAAAUCGUUUGUAUUAAUCUAGCA